AUGUCCGACUUGGAGUUGAUCUGUUUGCCUGGAUCCCCCUGGAGCGCCAAAGCGUUUUGGAUCCUCGAUGCUUGCUCCAUCAGCUUUCGAAAGCGGCCUUUUGAGCCUUUUGCUGAUGAGCUAUGGCUGCGCUACAAGUUAGGCCUGGGGCCGUGGCAUCGGCGUUUUUGGACGCGGCUCACGGUUCCGAUUGCCAUCGUGCCCACAGGUACAAGCAACGGCUCCGGCGUCCUCACUGAGUCCUUCGACAUCGCAGAGUGGGCCUUGCGCAAGUCUCCAGGUGACGAGCCGCUGACAGAUGCGACGCUUCAAGCGCUUCGUGGCUGGAAUGAUUUGAGUGAUGUCGUCAUGCAAUACGGCCGAGCCGCCUUUGUGGAUGCGGCGAAGAAGGAUGUCCGUGUGGCCAUGGAGGUCCUGGCCCCGCCUUGGAUGAAGAAGCUGCCAUACUUCAUCAAGAAGCUUGUAAUGACCGUCGCUGUCAAGGUCUUUGCCUUCAAGUACGGGCGUGAGAAUGCAGGGAGCAAGCUUGAAGCGGUCAUGGAGGCAGUCCAGAAAAUCCGGGCGGCGCUGCAAAACGGAGGGGGCAAGUUCCUGAUGAACGACAGGUUCUCUUAUGCGGACAUGGUCAUGGCCAUUGCGCUGAACUUCUUGGUGCCCAGCGAGGGCGUCCUGUUGUUUUGCAUCCCCAAGAAGUUCCAGACGGACGCUCCGGAUCUCCUCCGGGACUUCGAAGAUGUGAAACUCGGGCAUAUUCCUUUGGAACCAUGUCUUUUGAGAUGUCCGCGCAAUCCUGCACCGUCCUUACGGCGUCCGUAG